AUUUAUAGUUAGCGGAGACACAUAGGCAAACGCUGAUGUUCUGUUGGCUAAAAAGAAAUGAUGGCAACUUUACGUAAUUGUUCAUCUAUAACUUUGUUCAAGAAAGUUAUUGUAGUGAUGAUGUUGGCGGUGGUCAUGUUCUCUGUUCUACAUAAUGAACAGAGUAACGCUGUCGGACCCAAGCAAGAGGUGGCAAUACGAGCAUUGGGACCGCUUCAGGGACGACCCGAGGAUAGUCGACUUACUGAGACAAUCCUACCUCCAACCACCAUCUUCACUACCCUAUAACCUAUCAACUAACCCAUUGUACAUCAACGGUAGCAAAAGUUACGGCUGGCUAAAUAUAAAAACACACAUUGAAGCAUUAUUUGGAGACCAGAGGAAUGGGUUUUUCAUUGAAGCCGGGGCAUUGGAUGGGGAAUAUCUAUCCAAUACCCUCUGGCUUGAGAUGGAUAGAGGAUGGGGUGGACUAUUGAUAGAACCGGAUGAAAACAGCUACAGAAAAUUAUUAUCUAAACACCGAAAGACUUGGAGUUCAAACACCUGUAUCUCCAUGACCUCCUACCCCUUGGAGACCAUUCACGUGGGUCUUUAUCUCCAAAAUAAAUACACCGGUAACCCCUGGAACUAUCGGGGAUCCUCACACAUCCAAGGAAUCUCCCUAGGAUCCCAAUUCGAACCAUUUCUAUCCUACUCUGAGAAAUCCUAUCAAAUGGCGCAAUGUUUCCCACUAAUCUCUUAUCUCAAGGCUUUAAAUAUCUCUACUGUUGAUCUGUUAUCUCUAGAUCUACAAGGGAUUGAACAACAAGUCCUAAGAGCAAUUCCCUUUAACGACCUAACCAUAAGGGUCAUUAUAGCAGAAUUAACUACCCCAAAUGAGGAAUUUCAUGAUUUUUUAACAGCUAAAGGAUUCGUAUUAGUUAAUCAAGAUCAAAUUGAUUUUAUUUAUGCUAAGGAAGACGAUAUUUUAAUUAAGAACCACAAGAACAAUUUUAUGUCGUAGUUUAAAUUAUUUUCUUGUGUUUGUUUUGGGA